GAUUAUUAUAUGAGAUUGUAGUGCUCAUUAAACUUAGUCCAAGGUAAAAUAGAAUCUCACUCUGAACAAGUCUGAAGAGAACGUUCUCAAACGAUAAGGAAUUGUUCCCUGUUCUUUUACUAUACAAGAAAUUAGAAAAUGGCCAAUGAAAGCUAUUCAACUGCCAUAAGAAUGUGCAAAGAAACCACCACCAUUGAAACAAUCAUAGAUUUAACCAAACAUGAGCAUCCGCAAGUUAGAAAGAGAGCUUUGAGAGAAAUGUGUCCAUGUCGUGUCAAGAAAGAUCAUGAAGAUUUUUGGAACCGAGUGUUUGAGAUGAUGGAUGAUGAAGAUAAAGAUGUCAGACAACAAGUUUUACAUACAUUAUGUGACGGAAGUCCAGCUCAUUUAGAAUAUGCCAUUGCAGACGCGCUAGAAAAAUUCAAUCAUGACCCAGAUACUAAAAUCCGUAGAAUGGCACACAAAUGUUUAACAAGUUAUCGAAAGACUGGAAAGUGGAACAUUUUAUAGUACAGAUAGGUAGACUCAUGUUCCAUGGUUCUGUAUGAAGGGCAUCCUCAGCAAUGUUGAAGGUGCAUUAAGUCAAGGGCAAUUACUCAAAAUUAGUAGGCCAGCAUAUUAUUGAUUUUGAACUAGACCAAGAUCUCAUGAAUAUGCAUAUAGAUCCCAAGUUUCAUCAAGAUCAGAAAAUUCCUUCUUAGUGUUUACAAUCAACAAAUGAUAUGACAUGACUCUUAAAAAGAAAACAGAAAAUACAAUAUGGAUGUCACUGUCAUAUUUUGUAACUGUAUUAUAGGCCUAUUGCUUGUUGUAGCAAACAUAUUUUGUUAUUGUUUAUUUUCAUUUUUUACAAUAAAAAUUCUAACUUGUC